CGUACACCAACUUAGGAUUCCUGGCUGUUGCAGACCGGAACAUGCAUGGUGCUAUAUAUGCAUGUGGAGUGGGUGUAAAAUAUUACAGGCCAGCCUCCGCGCUAGCUGUAGAAUCUGACGCUUGUUAACUCUUGGUUGUGCAGUUCAUACUCCAUAUCGCGGCAUAAAUUUUGCUCGCAUUGCUCUUUUGAGUUCUGACCAAUCAAUUGGCAAAUCGGCAUGGGACGCACCGGCGGCGUGGAGCAGUCUGCGUGCAGGAUCAUGCCCAUCAUCGACGAGGUAUCGGAGUCGGAGUCGGACAUAGUGCUGGAGACAACGACGACGAUGAAGGGGGCCGCUACGGGAGCCAUCGCUGAGCGGGGGAAGGCGGUCGUGGCCAGGAUGAGGGAGUUACUCCGGCGAGCGGUCGCGCAGUCGUCGUCGCCGGCAGCCGCGGCACCUCAGUCCAAACUGGCGGCUACCGCUAGGAAAUGGAAGAGGGCGGUGAGCUUCAGGAGCAGGGAUCAUCAGCGGGGGCGGCGAGCGGAGGGCGACAGAAUGAGCUCCGCCUCCGCGGCGUCGUCGGUGUCCAGCGGCAGGAACAGCCUCGACAGCCGGGACGCCACCUUCUUCCCUUCGCCGUCCCGGACCCCGCACUCUCCGGCGACGACGCAGCAGCAGCACCAUGCUCAAUGGAUCACCACGGAUUCCGACUUCAUCGUGCUGGAGCUCUAGACGACGCAGAGGAGGAGGAGGAGGAGGACGGCGGUCAGCCCGUGAUCACUGGCUUAGGCUAGUAAAAUUUGCCCGGCUUGAGCAAACAAGUUUGUGGGCGGACAGUAACGUGCUGUAGAGGUCAAAUGAGCUCUGCUAUCCAGAAAUGCUAGGACAGUAAUAGAAUCGGCCCGGCCUGCCCUAUAUGUGUGUUGUAAUUUGUAAAGCCCUAUUUUCUGUUUUAGGUCAUUGCGCCCAAAGAGCUCUGGGAAGACAGGACAUAUUGCUUUCUAAGGGAA